AUGCAGUCUCCACCACUCUCUCCUCAUUCGAGGGACAUCCCGAAUCGACACAAGAGGGGAACAAGUGAAUUCAUUGGCGGAGAUGGCGAAACCGGUACUGGGCAAUUACUUUCUGCCUCCCCAACAAAGUCCCAAGGACACCUACCUCCUCCACCCGGUCGUCGAGGCCAUGCCCACAGAAGGUCGCAAGCCUUGUCCUCGCACGAUUUGAGCAUGAUUUUAAAACCGACACAGAAGUCUUCAAAUCCAGAGCCGGAAACAAUAACCAAUGAGCCUUUCAAAUCAUUCAAGAAUUCACGCGUGGGGUUCAAUGAAGUAGUGCAAAUCAUCCCUCGACCACUCUCCCUCGUCAGCAGCGAUUCCUCAAGUACUGUCCGGGGCCCGGGUCACAGUGUUUCUGGUUCAAUUUCUAGCAUCAUUUCAGCUGGUUCACCUCCGUCAAAAGAGACGAGAGCUAGACAAGACGCACGGCCGAAGACCGCUGACAACCAAGCCUCAAGAACGCCAGACUCGUUGAAGCGUCGUGGAUCUCUACCUCUGCUAAUGGAGAGUGCGACUGCCUCUAUUGUUGCUCCAUCUACCCCCAGAUCGGCGAGAAAGUGGGCCUUCUUCGGCGAACCAAAAUCUGGCGAAUCGUCACCGAGAUCCAGACCGGCAUCCGCCUCAAGCUCGAUGAAGGAAAAGAAGACCGAGACAGCUGCAUCUUCUCCAGGCCUCGCCUCACCCGACAUACCGAUUCCAUCCACUGAGCAAUCCUCGAGGAGAUCCUCCAUAUCGAGAAAACCAAGCAAGAAACAAAAGAAGGUUCGCUCAUGGGCGGGCUCAAUCCUGUCUCGCAAAUCUCGACAACGGAGCCAGAAGAAGAUGAGCAGACGAUCACCCACACCUCCUCUGAGAGCCUACACACCAAUGAACGAGAACGUAGAUUUUGACUUCAAUAAUAAUGAACAACCAGCCCCCUCGAAACCCGAGAUUCAAACCGAUUUUACAACCUGGAAGCCAAGAAAGCUACCUCCCCAGGAGGAAGAAUCGAUGAGUCCAAUUAUCGAUCUCGACGCAGCUCUCGGCCCGUUCAAUACCCCGUCAAGUUUUGGAUCUGAUUGGGAUAAUUCACAACGAGGUGGCACAAGAAAGAGAGCCAUGCACAGCGCGGCAGGCCUUGGUGGUUUUACAGGACCUGGCAUGCAUUAUCAUAGACGUACAGAGAGUGCACCGGAAUUCGAGAAUCCCAGAUUCGGCCUUCAUCGCCUCGGAAGUAGUUCUACAAUGGCUGAUGUAUUUGAAGAAGACGAAGAUGAGGAAUGGGAAGAUGCAAAGGCCUCUUCAGAUCGGGAGUCGACUAGCAAGGCACCCGAGCGUGAUGAUGAUAGUGAGACUGGUUUAGGGAUUGACAUCAAGGUCGUGGAUUCUGAGGGCAUGGAUACUGGGAAAGUCAUGGACUUUGAUGAAGUGAGCUUCCAACGAGGAGUUAAGCGGAAAGGCUCGGGUUUGAGCGAAGGUGAUCGCCGCCAGAUGAGCUCAACAAAGUCUGUCCACUCGGCAACUUCGCUGAUGGACGAGCCAAUCCAAGAGGAAUCACCCAAUCCAGUAGAAAUAGUCGACGAUGCUGUUCCUUCCAGGCCUGAGUCUAGAGCUCAAUCCUCGGACUCCACUGCAACCCCUCCGUUUCGGCCUCGGCCUGGAAAGGAUCUAGCGCCUGUUGAAAUCCAGCCAUUCUCUCUACAACCGCCAUAUCCCACUCCGACAAGUCCUCGAUCUACCACUCAAUCUUCUUUCCCCUCACCUCGGUCGCCGUUCUCGUACGAUGCUCAGUGUAUCUCUACAGCUCCCUCGUCCAUCACAGAUGAGAACGGAUUCCAAUCUCUUUUGAUGGGAGAACCUGGUCCGGAGCUCCGCAUGUCAGUUGAUGAAGUCCCAUCUCUAACAAGCAGCAAUUCUACGAUGACAAGAGAGAGCGUAUUUCAGCAAGGUGCAAAUUACCCUCAAUUCCGCGACGGCCAACGCUCGGCCUCCCUUUCCUCGGCGGCUGUGACUCGCAAACGAUCAAGCAUGGCGAGCUUGUCACGUCUGAUCAGCAGUUCUCACGGAGAGAGGAGUAAGCUUUCGAUCGAGUCUCGUCCUGAAAGUUCAAGUGGUGUCGAUAAGAAGGACAAGGGCAGUAAGAGCAAGCGACUCAGCCGGAUGAUGCAAUUCUGGAAGCCGAAGGGGUCGAAUUAA